AUGUUGCAGAAAACUGGAGCCAGAAUCAAGAUCUACUCCAACUGCUGCCCACGCAGUACGGAUCGCUUGAUCAGCAUCUGCGGGAAACCAACGACGUGCAUAGAAUGCAUCCGCGAAUUAAUCGCUACCAUUAAAACAUCGCCGUUGAAAGGUGUGAAUAGUCCAUACGACCCUCACAACUUUGAUGAUUAUUAUGCAGACGAAUAUGGUGGUUAUGGAAGUGGAGAUGGCGGCCAAGGAAGAGGCAGUGGUUUUGGAGGUGGUCCAGGAGGUCGUGGAGGCGGAGGUGGUGGUGGUGGAGGAGGUGGUGGUGGAGGUGGCGGCGGAGGAGGCGGAGGUGGCGGUGGCGGAGGUGGUGGAAUGCCACCUAGACGAGACAAUCGUGGUGGUGGCGGAGGUCCCGGUGAUAUGAACCGUGGUUUUCCACCAUCGUCAAGAGGUGGACCUCGUGGAGGAGCUGGUGGAGGAGCGGGAGGUGGUGGAAUGACGGGUGGCCCGAUGGAUCGUGGAUAUACUGGUAACUCGAGAGCUGCUGGAGGUGGUGCUGGUAACGGUGGUGGAUACGAUGGAGGAAGGAAUGCCGGCUAUGCUGGAAAUAGGGCUGGCCCGCCACCUUAUGCUACUGGAAAUUAUAACGGAGAUGGUUGGGGUAUGCAAGGUAGUGGUGCACCAAACGGUUUAGGCGGUGCUGGUAACUCCGGAAUGAGUGGUCCAUCAAUGGGUGGAAACAACCAGGGAAAUCAAAACAAUAUGAGUGGAACCAAGACUAGUACUCAAGUCACCAUCCCUAAGGACCUCGCAGGCGCAAUAAUUGGUAAGGGUGGAGCAAGAAUCAGGAAAAUCAGAUCGGACAGUGGCGCUUCGAUCACUAUAGACGAGCCAUUACCUGGUAGUAAUGACCGGAUUAUCACAAUAAUCGGCUUACCCAGUCAGAUACAGAUGGCUCAGUACCUUCUACAACAGAGCGUACACGAAAAUGCUGAUCAUUAUUAACAAGGAAGAAAAAAAGAAGAAAAAAAAUAAAGAAGAUUAAAAAAAAAGGAAAAAGAAAAAAGAAAGAAAGAAUAAAAUAGCAUGAGAUUGAAGAAGCGGUAAAAGCAUUCAAGCGGGUUUUAGAGGUAUAUGGGGAGAGAGGGGAGCCAAAGAUACGUUUUUAACAUUUUCUAGAAACAUUUUUCUUCGGGUAAAGCGUGAAAAAGUGAUAGUAGAAACUUUUGAUGAUGGACGUGUUGACAUUCAAACAUACCUGUUUUGAGAGAGAGAGAGAGAGAGAGAGAGAGAGAGAGAGAGAGAGAGAGAGAGAAGAGAAAGAGAGAGAG